AUGAAGUAUUUUCUGAUCCAAGAACUUAAAAAUUGCUAUAGUUUAGAUGAUAUAUGGAAAGCUGAAUCCCAGCAUGAUAGUAUUAGCAAAACACUUAUCAAAAAAAUAAAUUUAUAUAUUUCUAGAGAAUAUAGAUCAAGAUAUCCUGCAGUAAAAAAUCUUGGUAUUGGUAUAACAAAUACUAUACUCUCUUUAUAUUUAGGAAUAGAUAUAGCAAAUUUUGUAAUUGUUGACAAAUCUAAAGAUAUUGAAGAACAAGAAUUAGAAAAAAGCCAAUAUCAUGCAAGAUAUAAGUCAGAUAAAGAAGCUAUAAUAAUCAAAUUUUCCAAACAUAAAUACGACUUCAAUAGUCUGAAUAAAUAUUAUGAUUUAGAAUACUCUAAAACAGAGUCUGAAUCUAGUGAUUCUGAAACUGAAUUUAGUGAUUCUAAAGUGGAUAUAUCUCUCUCUGUUAUAAUUGGAGUAAUACAAGAUAAUAAUAGAGCUAGAAUUGUGAUAUACGCAAAUAUGCCAUCAGAAGCUAGAAUCAGUGAUUUUUUCAGUGAGAAUCUCGAUCGUAAUAUUAUUUAUAUCCUCAUAAAACCUCUACCAGAAGAGAAUUAG